GAAACAUUUUUUUCAGAUAAAACUUUAAAAUGAUUUUUCAAAAACUGUCAAUGCUUAGGAAAUAAGUGAAAUCAGUGAAAGUUAAAUCUUUAUCUUAAAAAACAUUUUUACAAUGGCCUGCACAGAAAACGAAACUGCCUUUCAGAACUUUACAAAUUUGAGUGAUUCUGUAAAAUCUCUCCCAGCUGGGCCUCCUGUUUCUAGAACAGACAAACUUUUUCUGGAGCGUGUUGGAAAAAAUCAAAUAGACAUGCGCAGAAGAGUGAGCUUGUCUGGAAGCGCGCCAAAUGUUAGUCAACUUGAUCCCAAGGAACAAAGAAAAGUUUCUCUCAGAAAAGCAAUUUCUGAAAAAAGAAGAGAAGUGAAAGAGCAAGACAAUCCUGAUGCAUUAAAGGAUAAGGUGUUGAUGGACGGAGAGAAGGAGAUAUGGGAUAGUGGAGAUUGGAGGCAACAAAUUAAGGAUUUAAACAGUUCAUUUUCCAAGCUACCACCAAUAUCAAAAGGAAAAAAGAUAGUGGACGGGAAAGCCCAGGCCUUCAUAGUGUGAAAGCAAUAAUUUUUUUGGCAAACAUAUUUUAACAUGAAAAAUAAUGAAAGAGAAAUCAAGC